AGUAUCAUGCUUGCCUACUAGUGUGUACAAUAAAUUAUUUCCGUUCAUUCAAUUAUUUUUAACACAUUUAAUAAAAAAUGAAUUUAAAAUUAUUGAUAAUUGUUUGUUGUUUUGUUGUGUGUUAUUGUGAUAAUGCAACUGACAUUGAAAGAGAUAAAAAUAUAGCUGAAGGAGAAAAACGUCUUGGUGAUCAUAUACGUUUAAUAAUAAAACAUUAUCAACAAGAUGAUCCAAUUGGUCUUCCUGGUGCUCCAAUACCAGAUCCAAUGCCUGUUCCUGAUAUGAAAACAUCAAUAAUGGGUGGAACUAUUAAUUUACAAAAAAUUAAUGUUUAUGGUCUAUCAAAAUUUCGUAUUGAACAUGUUAAAUCUGAGCUUGCACAAAUGCAGGUAUCAGUUGGUUUAACUAUUGAUAAACUUGAUAUUAAAGGUACAUAUAAUUAUCAAUAUUGGUUUACAACAUCAAAAGGUGAUUUUACAGUUAAAUUAACUGAAGUUAAUGUACAAGGAUUAGCAAGAUUACAAGUUGGUAAUGAUGGUAAAUUACAUGCUGAAAAUAUUGAUAUGGAUUUAACAUUUGAUACAAUAUCAAUUGAUUUUCAAAAUGUUGAUGUAUUAUUUUCUGUAAUACAAGGUGUUGCAAAUACACUUGGUACAUUUAUAUUUGAUAGUAUAAAACCAUUUAUACUUAAUCAAGUUAAUACAAAUAUUAGAGGAGAAGUUAAUAAACAAAUAUCACAAUUUCCACAAUAUUUUCCAAAUUCUAUAUCACCAUUUGAUAUGGCUGUUGCUGAAGCACGUAAACAAGUAUCUAAUAUGGGAUAUGAUCCAUAUAAAAUAAAGGAUUAUUCACAAAGUGUUGGAAUUUUUACGGUCACGUCUAGUCAUACUUGGCUCAUGGGACUUGCUAGUUUUUAUCGUAUGGGAGAUAUUACUCUCACAAUGGAAAAUUCAACGGUGUAUGCUGUUGUUGACGUUGGAACACAGGAAAUAGAGGGUAGAACACAUUGGGAUGUAAGUGUCAUUGGUGGUUUCCUGUCAAGAGCCGGAACAGUCUCAUUUACUGUUCAAUAUUUUCGUGUUCAAGUAAAAUUAAGCCAACCAAUGGAUACAAGAAAACGAGCAACUCUUGAAGAAUUUAAUCUUGAACUUGGUAAUAUACAAGCACGUAUUAAUGGUGCUGGUACAAUGGAUUAUGUUAUGGAAGCUGGAAUUAAUAUUUUACCAAAUUUAUUGAGGUAUCAAAUUAUGGAUGCCAUUGAGGGACCAAUAAAACGCCGACUUCAAGAUGAGUUGGAUAAAAUAGAUGUAGAAAAGCUGAUUCAUGAAAAAAUUCCAGAAAUUGAAGAACACGCAAGGAAUCUCCAGGGUGUAGUUCCACCUGACGAUAAUAUUCUCGAUGAAUCUGUGCCAGCUCAGCCAAUUGAUCAGUCACCAUUUUCUGAUAGUGAAGAAGAUCGUGGUCCAUCCUAAAAUUAUCCUAAUUACAUCUUUUUUUUUUUUUAAUUCAAUUAAAUUAUAAUUUACUUGUUUAUAUUUUUUAAAUUAAUAUUGAAGCGGCUAAUUUACAUGAAUAAUAAAUUUAAUAAUUUUUUUGUAAAGUUAAAAUUGUGCUGAAAAUGUACGUUGUAUAUUUUAGAUACGUAUUUAUAAUUAUUUUUCGUAGCUAAAUAAAUGAAGUGGUCUAUUCAUUGAAAAAUUGAGUUAACUUUUAAAAACUGAUUCGAGAUGCAAAGCAUGUUCUAUGUAUUUCAAAUUUUACUUUGGACGACAACGAAAUGAAAAACUUUUAUCGUUGUAUACAGUAAAUCUACGAGAUUCGUUCGUGCUCAAUUGCCAAUUUUUUAUUCCCUUUCUAAUCUAUUUUAUUUUUGUCUAUUUUUUUAAAAAAACUUGAAGUAGAAAUUUGUUUCUAUAUUUUUUAGUAUAUACACUUUAACAUUUUUUAUUUAUUUUUUAAAUAAAACAAAUUUUACCAUUGCAAGAAGCCAAUAUUUUAUUCAAAUUAAUGGCAUCGUUCUGUUCCAUCGAACCGUAACCAUAUUUCUCUGACGAAUUUUAUAAAGUUUUCAUUUUUACUGAUAAAUUUGUUCUUGUGAAAUCUCAAUGGCUUUAUCGUAUCCUUUGAAAAAGGUGUAACUCAUAAAAUUGCUUCUUUUUUUUUUUUUUUCAAAAAAAACCAUUUUCAAACUUUAUUAUUGUAAAUAUUUUUAUAUUGUGAAAAAAAAUUUACAUUUAUUAUGUUUUUCGCAUAAUUUAACAAUUAAAAUGGUGGAAAAAAAUAUUUAACUAUAAUUUUAUUACAUUUAAAAUUUGUAUUUUAUAGAAAUAAUAGACAGAAAAAUGUUGUUAAUAAAAUGAACAAAUUCAACAUGGUUACACGACGUAAAAAAAUUCACAAAAAAUUACAAUAAAGAACGAACAAUUCUUUACAUGUAUGUAGAUAUUUUUUUUUCUAUUUUAAAAUUUCUCUCUGCAUUUACAAAUAUUUGCAUUUAAAUCGGACAAUUAUUUAAAAAUUAAAAACUACAAGUAUAUAAUUUAUAUUUAAUUUAAUUUAUUUUUUUUCCAGCAAUCAAUUUUAAUUUACCAGGUAUUUUUAGCAUUGUCAUAAGCUAAAAUAAAAAAAAUAAAAAAACAAUAUUGAUUUUAAAUGUUAUAUACUGUUUUCUUGGCAAACUGAUAGUUGUCUCGACCAAACAAUUUUCUCUACAAUCGCGUGACAUGAAACACCAAAAAAAAUAUAACAAAAUUAAAAAGUAAAAUCAAUACGAUAUAUAGAGAAUAGUCUCCAAGGUAGAGAGAAGUUUUAAAUGCAUUAAAAAAAUAUAUAUAUAUAAUUUAUUUUACUGAUCAUAGUGUACAUGUGUGUGUAUUUGUAUAUUCUUCAACUUUACCAUGUCUCACUGUAUUUUAUGUGAAAAAAAAUAAAAUAAUAAACCAGCCUGGGCAAAUAAAAAGAUGAGAUAGUAAAAAAAAAAAAAUGUC